AACUAUCAGAAAUUAAAAUUUAGCCCCUUAUUUUUUUGUUUUUUCUAUAAAAACCCCGUAUCUUUAGAAUCUCUCUCCUCCUCUCACCUCCUUCGGUUCGGCAGUGGCAAUCAUCACAGCACCUGCAGAAAAGCAAGAAGAUUUCAGAAGUAACAAAGGAAAAGGAGGAGACCCUUCAUCCGUUUAUCGAUCGCCCAAUCAUAUUUUGCAGGUGGAAAAACGAAUCGAAAAGGGUGAGAAAAAGGAAAGGCUGCGGGGUCUGAAAUCUGUGUAUAAAUUCUCUCUCCAUCUGCCCUUUUUGUAAAAAAAUUUUGGUAAAUCUUUUUGGGGGGGAGAACGAUUGAGCUUUGGGGAGUAAUGGCGAAAGCUGGGGGGAUCACUAACGCCGUUAACGUUGGGAUCGCUGUUCAAGCCGAUUGGGAGAAUCGUGAGUUCAUCUCCCACAUCUCUCUCAACGUCCGCCGUCUCUUCGAAUUCCUCGUCCAAUUUGAGGCCACGACGAGAAGCAAGUUGGGGACGUUGAACGAGAAGCUGGAUCUGCUGGAACGGCGGCUGGAGAUGCUGGAGGUUCAAGUCGGGACUGCAACCGCCAACCCUUCUCUUUUCUCUACUUGAACUGAACUCUCAUUUUUGUUCUGGAUCAUAGUAAGCUUCUUUGUAUGUAGUCAAGGACCAUCAUCAUCAUCAUCUUUGCUUUUGCAAGUGAGAAUGAUUCUUGCUCUUGUUGCUGGUGCUGGUACUGAUUGUAAUCCAACUGUUAAAAUCAUUCAUAAAUCUCUGUAUCAUUUCCCAGUUUCA